ACUCAGCUCCGAAGUACCGAAGCACACUCCGCACGCAACGAUCAACAUGUACAAGUUCGUCGCACUCUUCGCUCUGCUGGCCUGCGCCAUGGCUGCGCCUGAACCCGGCUACCUGGCCGCGCCAGCCCUCCACGCGGCCCCGGUCGUCGCGGCCCCGGUCGCGGUGGCCCACACCCUCCCGGUCGCCACCAGCUACGCCAACACGUACAAAGUGUCCGUGAAGAGUCCGCUCGUGGCCGCAGCUCCGCUCGCCUACAGCGCCCCGAUCCUCAAGACCGCACCGGUUGUCGCUGCAGCACCAGUCGUCGCUGCUCCCGCAGUCGUCGCCCAUGGCCCGCUUGCCUACGCCACUCAUCCGGGCCCAAUCAUCGCUCUUCACUGAAGGGGUCUUUCUAUAGUCAUCCUAGCCACCUUUCGGCAAACCCCGUCUCACUCGCCAUUUCUCACCGAUAUGUGACUGGACGCAGCGGAAGAACCACCGAGCCACCUCCAUUGAGCCAUCAACAGAUCCUGCCAGACUAAUCUUGUACCAGCCAGUCCGCAAGAUCGCUACGAUCAGUCAAUAAAAUUUGCCAUUUCUGCCUUUACACAAA